AUGGAAUUAUUAAGGGAUCCAUCGCAUGAUAGAGUUGUGAAAACCUUGAAGCCACCUCCUCAUUAUCCUCUCUCUCGCUAACUCAUGUUUCCAGAUAAACUAAAAAACAAACCCGACUGGAGAUUAUUACUAGAUCAUUUAUCAAAAGAGGGAAGAAUUGCAAAAGAAGAUCUUUUCAAAUUAGUUUAAGAAUGCAAUAAAAUAUUUAAAAAUGAGGGGAAUCUCAUAUAUUUGCAUGAUCCUUUAACAGUUGUAGGGGACAUCCAUGGCCAAUAUUAUGAUUUAGUUAAAAUGUUUGAUGUCGGAGGCAAUAUAGAAUCCACAAAAUAUCUAUUUUUGGGCGAUUUUGUUGACAGGGGUUCAUUUUCCAUCGAAGUGAUCGUCCUAGUAUAUGCAAUUAAGAUCAACUUUCCAAAUACUGUUUUUUUCCUAAGAGGAAACCAUGAAUGUAGACAGCUCACAAGCUUUUUCAAUUUUAAGGACGAAUGCCUCUAUAAGUAUGACCAAGAAACCUACGAUUUUCUGAUGGACUCUUUUGAUCUUUUCCCCCUUGCCUGUGUAGUUAACAACAAGUUUCUAGCCAUCCAUGGAGGUAUCUCUCCAGAUCUAAAAACGCUUGAAGACAUCAAAAAAAUAGAUAGAUACCAUGAACCACCCAGAAGUGGACUCUUUUGUGAUAUUUUGUGGAGUGAUCCUGUUGAUAAUGAUUAAGGAUCAUUAGAAAAUGGAUGGAAAGGAAAUGAAAUUAGAGGUUGCUCUUGGUUUUUUGGGGUUGAUGCCGUGCAUAGAUUUUUACAAAGAAACAAUCUCAUUUCUGUCAUUAGAGCUCACGAAGCAUAGUUAGACGGAUAUAAAAUGCAUAGAUGGAAAAGCAGCUCAGACUUUCCAGUUGUUAUUACAAUAUUUUCAGCUCCUAAUUACUGUGAUGUUUAUAAAAACAAAGGAGCUGUAAUAAAAUUUGAAAAUAACACCCUUAAUAUUUAGUAAUUUAAAGAUACUCCUCACCCUUAUCUCUUACCAAACUUUAUGGAUGUAUUCUCCUGGUCAAUACCUUUUGUUACAGAAAAAGUUACUGAAAUGCUAUAUAUGCUUCUUAAGCAUGAGGAUUAAGAUUAAGAAAGCGGUGAUGAAAAAAUUAACCAAGAAGAUAUUGAAAAGUUUAAGCAAAUCACAUAGUCUGAAAAAACAAAAAUUUUUGAUAAAAAUAAAUCACUUCAAAAGUAACUCUCAAAAACUGGAAAAGAAAAACUGAGAUCUAGAUUAAAAUUUGUGGCCACAAUGAUGAAAAUGCAAAAAACGUUAAGAGAAGAAAACCAAAGUAUUGUUUAACUAAAAGGAGCUUGUCCAGAUAAACGCCUGCCUAAAGGAUUAUUGCUCCAAGGAAAAGAAGCUAUUACUGAUGCCUUGCAAGAAUUUAAUUAUAUGAAAUUAGCUGAUAGUAUUAAUGAAAAAAUGCCUAAUAUACAUAUUCCUUAGCAAUCAAUAUAAAUUAAAAAGCCUGGUUAAUCUUCAAAGAAAAAAUGA